AUGCUCUUAAUUUUCUGUCUGUCCAGGUAUGGAAGCUGGAGUGAGCUGGCUAAAGCUCUGGGGAAUCAGGAUACACCUGUAGAGGACCCAAGCCUUCAGUUUUACCUGCCUCAGAAGCCAGCAUAUCAGAAGCCAGUGCUCCAAGGAAUCAAGAGGAACAAGAAUGAUUCCACAUCAUUGGACAAGUCUUCCCCUUGGAGGCCCGAGUUCCGAGGCCAAGUCAAUCUUCAUGUCUUUGAAGACUGGUGUGGGAACUCUAUUGAGCAGCUGAGGAAAAACCUCCACUUCCCAUUGUACCCUCAUACACGGACCACUUUGAAGAAACUGGCAGCCGCUCCAAAAUGGACCAACUAUGGGUUGCGUAUAUUCGGCUAUCUGCACCCAUUCAGUGAUGGCGAGUUCCUGUUUGCCGUUGCUGCCGAUAACAAUGCAGAGUUCUGGCUGAGUGCAGAUGAGAACGUCUCUGGCAUCCAGCUCCUGGCCAGUGUUGGCAAGACUGGGAAAGAAUGGACAGCGCCCGGGGAGUUUGGGAAGUUUAGGAGCCAAAAGUCAAGGCCAGUAACGUUGUCAGUUGCAAAAAAAUACUAUUUUGAGGUGCUACACAAGCAAGAUGAUGAAGGAACAGACCAUGUGGAAGUGGCAUGGAAGCUGAAUAAUCCAGAAGCCACAUUCGCCAUUAUUGACUCUCCGUUCCUCUCCCUCUUUGCUAAUGAAAGUCUUUUGAAAAUGGAUGCGACUGACCACAUCCCUCAAUCGCUGGCUACUCGUGGAAGCCGGAUUACACAGAGUCAGAAUUCACAGAAACACCCAGCAGACAUGCUGAAGCCUGAUCCUCGGGACACCAUUUAUAAAGUGCCUUUGCUAAGCAAGUCACAGAUGCGCAAGGUCCUUCCAGACUGCCCCUACAAACCAAGCUACCUAGUGAAUGGAUUCCCCCUGCAGCGCUACCAGGGGCUCCAGUUUGUUCAUUUGUCCUUUGUAUAUCCCAAUGACUACACCCGGCUGAGCCACAUGGAGACAGAAAAUAAGUGCUUUUACCAGGAAAAUGCUUAUUACCUGGACAGAUUUGGAUUCUCCAAGUACAUGAAAGUUGACAGACCAGAUGGGAUAACUCUAGAGUCUGAGGAAACAACAGAACAAGCAGGCUUUGAGGGAGAUAAUCCUGAGGACAACCAGUAUGCAGAGGCAGAAGAAGACACAUUCCCCCAACUGAAUUCUACUAGACUCAAGGCUGAUAAAGAUCCCACUCCGGUUGCAGAAUAUGCCACUAUUUAUGAUUAUUCCCCACAAAAGCAUCGGAAUCUAUUGUCAAUUACUGGUGUGAAUAUGGCUGACGAUACAGGAAGCAAAGAAGCUAAAAGCCUAAGAAUGAUUUCAGUCGGUCAGAACAAUAAAAACAAUCCAAAAAGAAAUUCUCCAAAGAGGAAGCCUCGUUUGAAAGCUAGAGUCAUAGACAGUUCCAAAAACUCUCUCCGUGACAGACGUGCCCAUCAGUUAUCACUGAGCAAGAAGAAUGUGGGAGAUGAAGAGCUGCAGUCUAACAAAAAGUCCAAAAUGGCUGGAGAGCAGAAUCCCAUCAGGCCCAAGGACUCAACCAGGCAGAUACCAAGAGAAGCCGGUCCUGCUCAGCUAGGUCUUAAUGCAAACAGUAACCAGGAUCUACCAGUGGAUAUCACAAAAACAAGGAAACAAUCCCAGGUGUCCAUCAAAAGUUCUGUAGAGGCAGCUCUUCCAGAACAGACAGUUCAUGAGGACCAGUGGCUUAAUCAAGUGGAUUCAUAUAUAGCCCAGCAUAAGGCAGCAGAUGCUGCCAAUGUCAUUUUGGGAAGGAUAGAGCUGAACUCACAGCAGCCUGUUGGGAUCGAUUCUGUUCAGCCAGUAGUGCAAGAGCAGGAGGAGGAAGAGGAAUUGUUGGUAGAGGACAGGGAAGGAGAGGUCGAUGCAGAAGAAGAUGGGUUUGAGUAUGUGCCUGUAUUCGACCAACCAGUGAACUGGGAGCAGACUUUCAGGGCAAGUAACUUGGACUUCCAGGUGCUAAGGACAGACUGGAUUGAUCUAAAGUGCAACACUUCAGGGAACCUGCUGCUGAAGGAAAUGGAAGCCGUGGAGGUCACUCGUGUAUUCCUGAAGAAACUCAACCAGAGAUACAAAGGGCGAUUCCAACUGCGGCGCAUUGUGAACGUGGAGAAGCGUCAGGACCACCUGCGGGGCAGCCGCUACCUGCUGGAGCUGGAGCUGUUGGAGCGGGGUGGACGCCUCGUCCGUUUCUCAGAAUACAUCUUUGCCCGGGAAUGGCAAGGGAUCAGCAACUUGGAGGAGGAGAGGAUAAUGAGGGACCUGGCAUGGGGACGCCGGCGCCAUCUGAUGGCAGUCCCAGCAGAACCACUCCUUUGCUGGCCGUUGGGCUUUUCCUGGAACCACCGUGCCAUGGUCCACUUCAUUGUGCCAGUGAAAAACCAGGCACGUUGGGUACUGCAGUUCAUUUCAGACAUGGAAGAGCUGUUCAGGGUGACCAAGGACCCACACUUCAAUGUCAUCAUCACAGACUACAACAGUGAUGACAUGGAUGUGGAAAAGGCCCUGAAAAAGUCCACCUUGCGCAGGUACCAGUAUUUGCGACUAUCAGGGAAUUUUGAGCGCUCUGCAGGCCUGCAAGCCGGAAUAGAUCUAGUGAAGGAUCCACAUGGCAUCAUUUUCCUGUGCGACCUCCACAUCCAUUUCCCGGCUGGGAUCAUUGAUUCAAUUCGGAAACACUGUGUGGAGGGGAAAAUGGCCUUUGCACCCAUGGUUAUGAGGCUGCAGUGUGGUGCGUCCCCACAGUGGCCUGAUGGCUACUGGGAGGUGAAUGGCUUUGGUCUCUUAGGUAUAUACAAGUCUGAUCUGGUUCGUAUUGGAGGCAUGAACACCAAAGAGUUCGGGGAACGAUGGGGAGGAGAGGACUGGGAACUCCUGGACAGAAUCUUUCAAGCUGGCCUGGAGGUGGAACGCCUCUCCCUCAGGAACUUCUUCCACCACUUUCACUCCAAGCGGGGAAUGUGGAACCGGCGUCAGUUGAAGAAGUGACAUUUGUACUCCUGAACCUCAGCAUGCACUUUAUCCAGACAUAUCACCCAAGUGUAUGUUCUCCCCUCCCCAGCAGAAAUCACCCUACGAGUUCAGUUGUUUACACAUGCCUAUGGGUCAUGGAAGAAGGACAAAGCAAUGAAAUGGAGAGUUCUUCUCUAGAAAGGAGUGGGGAGGAGCAGAAGAAUGUGAGCCUAAUUGUAGCACGUACAACCCAGAGAGUGGCUUUUGAAACUGAGCAAUGCAUUUUCUUAUCACCAGUUCUCAAAAGAAAUGGAUCUGCAACACAGACCUUUGUCCUCACCUAAAGGACUCUUUAAUGGUCUUUUCGUGUUUUAUGUCUUUGAAAAAAAAAAAAAGGAAAACCAGUGGUGCAAAAGUAAUGAUUUCAAGAGGCUUAGGAGAAUUUCCAAAACCAUAAUGUUGUUGGUCGGGGAUCAGUGUUCUGGAGGGCACCAGAUCAUUGGAGGGUAGAUUUUCUGCCACCCGAAUGGUUUCAGAGAUCCAGUUGAUGGAUUCAGAAGAACUUUCACUGUGUGUUAAUAAGAGGAAUGUUUCCUAGUUCUAUCUGGUACAAAUUAUUUAUAUAAUUGAUGCAGCUUCUUUUAUUUUUUGAGAUACUU